AUGCCUCUAUCGCCGUUUCCCAUAAAACCGUUACCCGAGACGUCCAUCCUCAAAAAGGGUGACCCUGCGCCGCCGCCACUAAACCCUCGAGCUUUUCCCAGGUUAUUUCCCAGUCAGCUUCCGGAAAAUGCGGUUAACGACGAUAAGGACGAGGAUAUGCUACCUCCCGCCUCAAUAAUUGCGAUCCUCCCAAUAAAGUUAAAACCAGGGAAUAUAAGGUUUCCACGGUUGCCCGAGGAAACAGGCCUCCAAAAUGAUUCGGCAAUUGGCGAAAACAAUGCCGUUGGUCGAUUAUUCCGCUUACAAUCGGAUAUAACAGUAUUCGGAAGCAAUUCCGGAAAUAACCCAAUAAAUAAUAUCCGUUCCAGUUCCUAA